AAUCUCUCUCGCUCUCUCUCUCCCUCUCCCUCUCCCUCUCGAUUUGCCAAUAAAUAGAAGAUAAUUGCCACCAAACACUUUCACACAAGUCAUAACAGUCCGUUCAAAGAUAUCAUCUUCUUUUCUUUUAAUCGUCUUCUUUGUUAUGGCGGAUAUAUCGGGAAAUGGCCACGGCGACGCCAGAGAAGGAGCGGUGGUGGUGAACAUCAAUGAAGAACACGAACAUCAACAACAUAAAGAAGCUAUUCACAUCUCAAAACCCAUGAAGAAACAAGACUCUCUCCUCUCAAUCUCUGUCCCUUUCUUACAAAAGUUGAUGGCUGAGAUUUUGGGAACCUACUUCUUGAUAUUUGCUGGUUGUGCAUCGGUGGCUGUGAACGCCCAACACGACAAAGCCGUGACUCUUCCAGGGAUCGCCAUCGUUUGGGGACUCACCGUCAUGGUUCUUGUUUACUCUCUUGGUCACAUCUCCGGCGCUCAUUUCAAUCCGGCCGUCACAAUAGCAUUCGCUUCUUCCGGCCGUUUCCCUCUGAAACAGGUCCCUGCUUAUGUGAUAUCGCAAGUGAUCGGAUCGACGCUUGCCGCGGCGACUUUGCGGCUGUUGUUCGGACUUGAUCAAGACGUUUGCAGUGGGAAACAUGACGUGUUCGUUGGAACAUUGCCGGCGGGAUCAGAUUUACAGUCGUUUGUAAUAGAGUUUAUCAUCACUUUCUACCUAAUGUUCAUCAUUUCCGGCGUCGCCACCGAUAAUAGAGCGAUUGGAGAACUUGCCGGACUAGCAGUAGGGUCUACUGUGCUACUUAACGUGAUAAUUGCCGGACCGGUAUCGGGAGCUUCGAUGAAUCCUGGAAGGAGUUUGGGACCUGCAAUGGUAUACAAUUGCUACAAAGGAAUAUGGAUAUACAUAGCGUCUCCAAUUCUUGGUGCGGUUGCGGGUGCAUGGGUUUACAACACGGUUAGAUAUACCGAUAAACCGCUGCGUGAAAUUACUAAAAGCGGCUCCUUUUUAAAAGCUUUGCAAAACAGUAGCUCUCGUUAAGAAACAAAUUAGUGGCUACGUUAAGUUAGUCAUCAGAGGUUUAGUUGUAUCAAUCAGAAGUAAAGGGGAUAAUUUGGUUUUUGAGUUUUUUUUUCUAAGGAAAUAGCUCAGGGACGCACUAAGUUUGAAUGAGGGUGUGGUAUAUGAUCCACUCAUUUUUGUUUUCUUUAAGUAGUUAGUGUAUAAUUUACCCCUAAUCAAUAUAUUUGUUAUGUGUGCCUUAUACUAAAUAAGUUUCUGGAUA